UUUUUGCCCCCCCCCCCCCAGGUCUGGGGUGGAUUGCGCGUAACUGCUCAACUACUUCCCCGCAUCCCAGGAUGGGGGUCGGUGGGGGCUUGGUUGUGCCCUGGCGGUGCCUGGUGGUCGUGUGUCUGAGGCUCCUCUUCCUUGUGCCCGCAGGAGUGCCGGUGCGCAGCGGAGAUGCCACCUUCCCCAAGGCCAUGGACAACGUGACGGUCAGGCAAGGAGAGAGCGCCACUCUCAGAUGCAUCGUGGAUAAUCGAGUGACGCGGGUAGCUUGGCUCAACCGAAGCAGCAUUCUUUACGCGGGCAACGACAAGUGGUGCUUGGACCCGCGAGUGGAACUAAUUGCCAACACCAAAACCCAUUACGCCAUCCGGAUAAAUGACGUGGAUGUUUACGACGAGGGACCGUAUACUUGCUCAGUACAGACGGACAAUCACCCCAAAACCUCACGGGUCCAUCUCAUUGUGCAAGUACCUCCCAAGAUUGUUGAGAUCUCUUCGGACAUCUCCAUCAAUGAAGGUGGCAACAUAAGUCUCACCUGCAUAGCUACAGGAAGGCCAGAUCCGACAAUCAACUGGAGGCAUAUUUCACCUAAAGCUUCAGGAUUCAUGAGUGAAGAUGAAUACUUGGAGAUCACGAGCAUCACCCGGGAACAAUCGGGGGAGUACGAGUGCAGUGCCUCCAACGAUGUUGCAACUCCUGUUGUGCGGAGAGUAAAAGUCACCGUAAACUACCCACCGUAUAUCUCAGACACCAAGAACACUGGCGUGCCAGUGGGUCAGAAGGGCAUCCUUCAGUGUGAGGCCUCUGCAGUUCCAUCAGCGGAAUUCCAGUGGUAUAAAGAUGACAAACGGCUCCCUGAAGGACAGAAAGGGUUGAAAGUGGAAAAUAAGGCCUUCUUCUCCCGUCUUACUUUCUUCAAUGUCUCCGAGCAAGACUACGGAAAUUAUACUUGCGUUGCCUACAACCAACUAGGAAACACUAAUGCUAGCAUUAUUCUCUACGAAAUAAGUGAGCCCACAAGCUCAACCUUGUUCCAAGAGACAACAUCAGCACAGACACGCUGGAAAGGCCCUGGAGCAGUGCAUGAUGGGAACAGUGGUGGCUCAAGAAGAGCUGGCUGUAUUUGGCUGCUUCCAUUGCUUCUUUUACACCUCCUGCUGAAGUUUUGACCCUUUUGAAGAUGGCAAUUCUGAGAGGAAGGGAGGGUGGGGGAAAAAAAGGAAGAAUACUUUUACAAAGUCAGAAAAUAAUCCUAAUAGUCAAGAAUUAUAUUAUCGCAAAAUCUCGGAGAGAAAGAAAACAAGUCUGGAAAAAAAAAUAAAAUCCCAAGAAGAAUCCACCAUGAUCUACUGGAGUUCCAACACAAUGGAACAUUCUGUUUUCUUUCUGUUUUUAUUCCUUUUUUCUUUUUUUUUUUUCUGUCAUGGACAAGGAUGCAGCUGUUGGCAACCGAUCAGCGCAUUUGGCUAAUGAGUAAUCAUUCUGUCCGUUUAGACUCAUAUGUUUUGUUGCUCUUCCCAGGUUCACUGAUCUGGAGGAUUCCCAGGUCAGCUGACUGACACCUCACUUCCCAUGGCUUUCUUGAUCUGGAAAGAUCCCCAGGUCAACUCACUUCCCAUGCCUUUCUUCCACCCAUUUUCGCCACUUCAUGGACUCCGCCGUCCUCCGUACAAUUGCCAGUUCUAACCGAGAAACAACCCACCCCAACCACUUUUACAAGAAGAUCACACACACAGCUGCAAGAAAACAAACCACCGUCACGCAAACGAUUUAAGACAUUAAUUCACUGUACUACGUGGAUGUACUUACAUGGAUAUUACGGGAUUCUGAGUCAUUAUUAAUUUUAUUAAUUAUAUUUUCUGAUAUGAGCCUAGAACUGUUAGUUCAUAAAAAAAAAAAAAAGUACACACACACAGACACACAAAACCCCAACAAAAAGAAAGAAAGAGAAAAGAAAAGGAACGAACGAACAAACGAAUGAAUGAAAUAAGUCGAAUACUGGGCUUUUAAACUAGGUUUACAGACUGUGGAGCGUCGGGGUCAAUGAUGGUUUGCGCGAUCAGUUGGGAUGAGAAUGGACACUUUUUGUAGGCAAAAUUGUGAGAUGGAAACAACGGGCUCCACCAGCAGUACUGAAUAACUCAUUCCUUAUUCUGGAUGUUGAAAGAAAAAAGGUUGUCCAGUGUUUUCAUAAUGUUUGGAAAUUCAAAGGUUGAUGCUCAUCGUACGUUGAGUUUGAUUGAUAUGCUUAUUCUUUUUAGGCUGUGCUUAUAUGUAUGUGUGUAGUGUGUACACACACACACACACACAUGCACAUACUGUCUUAUACACACACACACAUAUACAUACACACACACACAUAUGAAACAUAAAAUAUUUUUUUGUUAGCAUUCUAGCACACUAUUUCUCAGCUGGGUCCUUCUUACACACAUUACUGCAUGCUGUAAAUGGAGUUAACUGUGUAUUAGACUGGAGGAUAAAGUUUUAUUGGUAACUGUGUAUAUUUAACUCCUCCCUCUUAUUUUUUCUUUUUCCUGAUUUCUUUUUUCUUUUUCUCUCUUUCCCUCUCUCCCCUCCUCCCUCGCUCCAUCUUUCUUAUUUUCCUUUGAAUUAUUUACAUUGUGAAGACAUUUAUAAAAAAAGAAAAGGAAAAAAAAAGAAAAAAAAUUCUGCAGCAUAUGUUUCCACAUUCAAAAUUCUUUAAGGGGUGGGGAGGGGAGGUGAAAUAAUGAUGGUUAAAAGCUAACACCCUAGCUUUCCCAAUCUCUUCCCACCCACUCCCCUCGCACAACUCUUUAUAGCUCCAGAUUAAAAACAUGGCAAGGACUGCAAAAAAAAAAAAAGAAGAAGAAGAAGAAGAAAGAAAAGUAAAGUAAAAGUUUCAAAUAAUGCUGUCUUUUAAGAAGAAAGGGGGGGGAAGAAUUUUUCCUCAAAUUGCAUUCGUUUUGUUCUCUCGGUUUUUUUGUUUUAUUUGUUUUCCUUUUCAGUGGACCUGGAGAUGCGCACUUUGAUGUUGGAGGUUGGGAGAAACCUAAAAAAGAGGCCUUUUUUUGCCCUUGGUUUGUUUGGAGGUCAAGACGUGAGGUUGUCUCUGACUUUACAUUAAAAAGAAAAAGAAUAUGUA